CAAUGGUUCUACUUGGGUUUGGGUAAAUAUCAUUUAUUAGCCAAAAGUUUCAAAUUUUUUUAAAUAGGAUGUUGACCGCCAUAUAUCUCUUCAUAGUCAAUAUCAUAUUGUCAAGUCAAUAUUACUAACGAAAAUGCUACCAAAAAAUUAAUUUUAGACUAAUAAUACUUACAAAACACCAUUACGGGUCACAUAAUACAUGCACAUACGCCAUCUUCCCCGCACCAAGGCGCGGCAUCUCCACCUAGUAACAUAUAUGCCCAAACAACUAAAUUCUCAGUCCAAACCACGAUGUCAACCCAUAUGAACAGCCACACUUUUCAGCAUAUUCACCGAAUUGGAACCAAUAGCCCACUAUGAUCUUUAACAUGUUCAAUCAGAUUAUCAGUUGCCAUCACCUUCAAAAUUUGUACAUCCGAACAUCACACACUGAAAUUCAGUGGCCGAUACCUGUUAGUUUGAAUAUUGAAACCCAAAACUGGAAAAAGGGCCGAUGGGGAAUGAACAUGAAGCCCCAGUACUACUGUAUAGUAAACCACCAAACAAGAAGACCAGUAAGUUUUGAGUAAUACGGUAAACGAAUUACAAAGAAAUUGCGUCGACCAUCGAUCAGGAGCAGCUGCCCACCAUGGACUUUUUUGCUACUUUUGUCUGCUUUGGUAAGCUAAAUCGACAAGAGAAGGGAAAUGAAGCAGUAGUACGAAUGUGGAGUAGUGAAAGUUAUAGGGGCAAGUAAGAAGUAAGGUCAACUCUGGAUUGUCCUUGGUCUUUAAGGGGGGGGGGGGGGGGGGGGGGGGGGGGGGGGGGGGGGGGGGAUUGUCCUUGCUUAUCAUUGAAUUAAUGUAAAACAUCUCACCCAACUAGAUUGACACGCUCAAUCAUACCAAGAUUUGGCGAGGAGGAGAGAUCCGAUACAAAAUGACUCAACUUCUCAAUUCCACAAGUAUUACAAAUGGAAAGAUGUGGAGAAAAAUUGUGAUCCACUCACACUACCUUCUAAUCGCGAAAUUGAAUGGUUCAAUAUGUUGCCUCAUUAAGAUACAAAGGAUACAAAGAAUGAAAAGGAAGGAUAACUCAAGGAAGCCAAUGGAAAAGUUGGGAGAGCCUAGUUCUCCCCACAACAAGAAGAUGCAAGAGUUACUCAUCAUCUCCCAUCAUGACAAGUUAGAAUUAAGGAAAGUUCAGAAAUUCGAACUUGAAGCAAGGUAUCCUAAGGCCAAAAUGAGGGAUAAAAUAAAGAAGAACGAUGAAACCAAACUAAUUUCCAUUGAGGAAAAUGAAGAAUCCGGGAGUGCUACAAGCCACACAGGGAUGAAGAUUUUGGAGUAAGCAAGCUUGGUUUCAGAGUGCUAAUAUUAUCAUCAACCGUUCGAGCAAUGCUUUGAGUCACUAGCAACGGACGAGGAGGCCGAGAGACUUCAUGGUGUCCACCUUGGACUUCAUCACAAGUUUGAUUACUACGAACUAUCAAGGGUGGAGGAUGAAGCUCCUCUCACUUAGCUCUCUCAAAGGAAAGUCCGGCGAAAAGACUUCAAACACGCGUUAGUUGUGAGGCAACCCAAAAAUUUUGGUUUGCGUAUCUUUUUCUUUUCUUUUGAAUAAGUUGUUAAAGUUAGAAAAUGAUUAGCUUAGAUGAUGAAUGAUAGAACCUUAGCAUUGCCAAGUUUCAAUUAUUUGAAUGACUGUUGCAUUUAGAUGUUUGUAAUCCUUAGGUGUGGUGAUAAAUGAUAUUUGCCUGGAAAGGGUAAGAUCACGGUUGCGAAGCCAAAGAUCGCGGCCGAGAUCAAUGACCCCAGGCCGCGAUCUUACCCGCGCCUAUUUAAGGGGAAGUGCCCUCUUUAUUCAUGUUCUCUCUUCCCCAAAAAAUUUCAAAUCCCAAAUACCAUGUUCCCCAAGCUAUUUUGAACAUGUUUUGACCAUACUUCAUUUCACUUUAUUUGUUAAUUACCAUUAUUGAAGUAUUGUUUAAUCUCUUGGAUUAAUAUCACGUACCCAAGCAAACUAAGGUACUAUUUUCCAUUUUCUAUCACUUUGGUACCUUAGCUAGCAAGGUCAGAUGUUUGAGUGCAAUAUGAACUUUGGUUCUUUCUUAGGCUAUGGCAUGAUUUAUUUUAACAAUAAGAUUGAUGUUUAUGCUUUAUUAAUAUCUUAUGUGAGUUGCGAGACUUUGGUGGGUCAAUUUUGCAUGUUUUUAAUUGUUCUUAAAGUCGUCUACCAAGUACUCGAAGAAAUUUCCCAAUCACAUAACUUUUUUUUUACACUAUGCUUUACAUUUAAACAUGUAUGCUUAUGAAUGAACCUUGCCUGAAUGAAUUAGACUUAUUUGUGGAGAAUGAAUGUCGUUUAUGAUUGAAUAGGCUAUAUCUAUCCAACUAUGUUUUCCCUUUUUGUACAUUGUCUCACUUUAGUGUGAGGUGUGCAUGGAUGAUGUUAAGGAUAACUUUAGAAGUUCAAUUUUAGUAGUGAGUGGAUUGAUGGUGUUCGUGCACCUUUUGUGCUACACUUAUUUUGUUGGGUAUCUUGCAAGCAUAAGGCAUGGUCCGGGUAGAGAAUUUCCAAACCAUGGAGAACUCCAACUCUUCUGACACGCGUUAUUGUUCAAAGAAGAAGAGUAAAUCCUGACAAAAAAGUUGUCAUUGAAGAACCUCUUCUUAUACGAGCACGAAACCGACGCCCGUAGUUAUCAAAGUAAUGCAACUUAAAGAAGGAACAAGAAAAGAUAUUCUUAGGGUUAUUGUUUGUUUGGGAUAGGAUGGAAUUGAAAGUUCAAUCUCAAAAAACCUUGAGAGAAGGCUCUAUCAAUAUAGGGUAGAAGCUCAAACACAAUCAAGGGGAAAACUUGAUUGAUACAAAGCAGAAAAUUCUCAAGUCUAAAGCUCCAAAAACAAAGGAAAUAUCAAUAUUCAUCAAAGUCUGCCAAAAAUCCGUGUCUCAUGCCCUUUAUAUAGUCUAGGGAAAAUAAAAAACCGAAAAGAAACAAAAUUCUAAACCAAAAAGGUAAUUUCAACUCGUUAGUUGCAAAUCUAUGGUCUACCCUUGAAUUCCACGGUCGUGGAUUUGGGGUCUCUGGCCGUGGAACUCCCCUGCCCAAAUUCCACUGUCUGUCCUUCUUUUCCACGGUUGUGGAAUUGGCUCCCUGAUCAUGGAUUUUGACUGAUCACCAUAUGAUCUUCUAGAUGUUCAUUUGGUGUCCAAGAAUCUUCAAAUCGAUGAUCCAAAGAGUUCACGAUGCUUACAAACACUUCUAUUUUCAUCUCCAACUCUUACCUUUCCUCGCAUGUCACCCAAACAAAAAGAGUAAGCCUCCAAGGUAGGUACCACAAACUGUUUCCCAGACAACCAAAUUUCCAGCUUCUUCUUGCCUUGGUUUCUUCUUUGGACAUUAAUGGAAAUGGUUUUGAAUCACAAUCCAUGAUCACUUCAUCUUCCACAUCAAGCAUCACUUUUGGAGCAACCUCUUGGAGAUCAACUUGUGGAACAUAAGGAACUAGAGUUGCUAUGGAAAAUAUUACUCAUGUCUUUUUAGAUGUUAUUUCGGAGCACUUCACCACCAAACUCCUAUGUAUCCAAGACCUUCCCUUAUGCCAGAGCACUUGUCUCAACCAGACACUCUUCACCCAACUCGAGAUUGGGGUGCAAGAAUCAACAAGCCGCAGUUGUUGAGUGUGGAAGAAAAUAUCUAUAGAGUGCUUGCAUUGGAGUUUCUUAGCACCCUUAUUAUUCAAGAUCUCAUAGGUGCUCCAGAUCCAGAGAACAACAUUGAGUUUAGACUCGAAGGAGAAGUUCGACAUCCGGAAGUUCAUAUGAGUUUUAGAGAUAUAUAUAUAUAUAUAUAUCCAACGAACUUUGUGGACUUAUUGGAUAACUUUGAUACCUUGCCUAGAUAAAGCGAUUUUCCAUGCUUCAAGGAAUUUUAGGAAUCCGAAGUCAAGGAGCCCACCUACCGGAUAUGGGAUGUCAAGUUAUCAAAGACUAGUGAGUUGAAGGCGGAAUAAAGGUUGAUCCACCACGUGAUUAAUAGGUCCUUGGGUGGAAAGUAUAAGAGCAAGUUUAAUCUGACUGUCGAGACAUUACAUUCCUUGAUAGCAUGUAUACUCCUUAGGCCUUACACUUCGGUUUAGAAAUUCUAUCCAUAGUGAAGAGAUAUGAAAAAGAUCUCCAACUUGUUGCAUUACAAAGUGGAGCAUAUAUCACUCGACUCGUUCGUUACUUCUGAGACGACUUUUGGGCAAUUGAAUUUCGAAUGGAAUCUAGAACCACUCCUAUUUCUUGGAAACCCUAAAUUCAAGGAUCAUGGUCUUGCUCCCGAGCAAUGAUGGUCUAUGAGGACUCCAAGGCUUUCAUUUGCCACUCACGAACACAUUGGAUAUGGAUGGUACGGUUUUCCAUCUCUCUGUGCCAACCAACCAAUGUGCAAGGAGAGAUGCAAUGGACGUGGAUGGCGAGGAAGAACAAGAAGAAUGCAUGAGGGUAGGAGAAGACAAAUCAACCUACCUACCACCCGACAACUUCAACGAUCAACCGAGCUAGAGAUUACCAUACCCAAGCGUUGAUAGCGGCAAUCCUCAAAAAUCAAAGAAGGAAGCAAGGCAACACCUUAAGGCAUAUGCAUAAUUAUGAAGAAUAUAAAGAUCACAUUAACGG